CGAACCGCGCGACACCGGGCAUCAAGUAACUCCACGGUGUCGACCCGCCGCUCGCUUCGACGCACCACACCGGCCGGAGUGCAUAUCUGCCAGGAAAGAUCUACCUCUCGCCCGCCCGCCCCUCCCCCCUUUCCGAGGAACACCCAGAAAAAUGAACCUCCUAGCGUUCGGGCUUAUCCUGAUCUGUUGCCAUGCCUGGGCGAUUGAGACAGACGAUAAUUUUGUAGAGCCCUUCGCGCAGAAAAGAACAAAGUUAGAAGAAGCCCUCGAGAAGUUAAGGACCUUGCUGCGAAAUGGAGGGGAGGGAUUUCCGGUCCUCGAUCCGUUCAUCAAGGACAGGCUGCCUCUCAAACUUAACGAAUCUAUUCCUGCGGGUAACAUAGAGUUUGACGGGCUUUUCACGAAAAUCAAUGUGACUGGCAUAUCCAACUACACGAUCAACAGCGCUGACUUCAAAAUAUUUGGUUUGAAGCUCCACGCAAACCUGACUUGGCCGACAAUCACCGCGAAUCUUAAUUAUACCAUGAAUGGCAAGGUUCUCGACUUCGGAAUUUAUGGAACUGGAGGAAUGGAUGCAGCCUUGCAUGACUUAAACAUUCAGGUUGACAUGAGUUGCAAUUUGAAGAAUUCACAUGUUCAAGUUAAGCAAAUGUCAACGAAGAUUUCCUUGAGAGCAUUAAAUUUUCACGCAACGGGUCUCUACAAUGACGAAGGUAUAUCCGACAUAUUGAGCAAGACGAUCUCCGAAGUGAUGCCUAAACUGAUCAAAGAGAACCAAAAGGUAAUUGUGGACAAUAUUAAUCAAGUCGCCACAGAGAUGCUCAACGAUUACCUGAACACUAUAACGCUUAAGGAGCUGCUGAAAUUGUUAGGUCUAUAGGGUAAUAUUUUUUCGUCGUGUUCGAUGCCGCGCUAUCGUUCGAUCAGUCAUUUCUACAAUCGCAAUCGUUCUCACUCGAUUAAACGAUACGUACAAUACAAACGUAUGAUAAUACACUCGAAGAGCGUUGGUAACAAGUUUUACUCACGUCGAGGAUUAAAAAAUCCUUAACCCGCUUUUGCACUAAAUUUAUUUCUGUAUGAUAUGCCAAUAAAAUCAGUAUUAAAACCACAAAAAA